CUCAAAAUACAAAAACAGGCAGGCAUGGUGGUGCAUGCCUGUACUUCCAGCUACUAGGGAGGCUGAGGCAGGAGAAUAGCUUGAAUCUGGGAGGCGGAGGUUGCACUGAGCUGAGAUCGCACCACUGCACUCCAGUCUGGAUGACAGAGUGAGACUCUGUCUCAAAAAAAGAAAAGUCAGAAUGAUCAGUAAAUACUGGACCCUCUAUGGGGCCUCCAUCCAGAAAAUGGUGAAAGAAACUGAAAUCAGCCAGCACACCAAGUACAGUUGCUCUUUCUGUGGCAAAACAAAGAUGAAGAGACAAGCUGUGAAAAUCAGGCACUGUGGUUACUUCAUGAAGACAGCAGCUGGUGGUACCUGGACCUACAAUACCACUUGUGCUGUCACAUCAAGUCUGCCAUCAGAAGACUGAAGGAACUGAAAGGCUGGUAGAUGCUCCUGCACUCUUUGAGACAUCACUGGCCUAUAAUAAAUGGGUCGAUUUACAUUAAAAAAGAGAGCCAGAGAGUGAAACAACAGUCUACAUGAUCAGAGAAAAUAUUUGCAAAUCUUCUAUCUGAUUAGAAGUUAGUACUGGAACAUGUAAGGACGUAUAAAGAACCCCUACAACUCAACAACAAAUAAAUCAACAACCUAAUUCACAAAUGGGCAAGGAACUUGUAUAAACAUUUCUCCAAAGAAGAUACAGAAAUAGCCAAAAAGCACACAGAAAGAUGCUCAAGGCCAAACACGGUGGCUCACGCCUAUAAUCCCAGCACUUUCGGAGGUGGGUGGAUCACCUGAGGUCAGGAGUUCAAGACCAGCCUAGCUAACAUGGUAAAACCCCAUCUCUACUCAAAAUACAAAAAUUAGCUGGGCGCA